UGCUCUUUGGUGGCCACUUUCUUAACUGUUUCACUUAAAAACUUCUUUUACACUUCAGCAAGACAAUCUUCUGGGCUUUUUUGCAGAGGUAAGGGCAUUUCUUCAUCAGUGAAUACACGUUUUAGCAUCAUACGUGAAAUUUGAUGUCAAAAGAUGGCAUGGUCGAUUUCCUCGUUUACUUCCCUUGGCAUCGUCGAUGAUAUGUGAUGGGUUUGCCUGCUAAAAAAGCGGUUAAAUCGCCUAACUACCAAGGAAAAUACUAUUUUGUGUAAUAUUUCUGCCUCAAACCGUUUUUUUGCGCGCAAAUUCAGUGACAUACGGCUGAAAUUUUAGAAAUUUUACGUGAUUCUUUAUUAGCGUAUGAAACGUGAGCGAUCCACCAUGUUCAGUCAUAUGCAGCAUAGAUUUUUUUGGACGUUUUAUUUCAUUUUUUCAGUCCUUUAAUCACCAAAUCGACUUUAUUCGCGGUGUUUUCUCCGAAAUACCAGGUUGGUUGUAAUUUAAACAACUCCCGUGUUCGGGUCAAAGGCAUGAUCUCCUUCACGUUUUAGUAAUGCGCUGCCGCCAUACUUGACAUACCGGCGAUACUCCGCGUGUUGGUUUUCAGGGGUGGAACAAACUCCUUUAGAGGAUUACAUUCCCUGUGACCAAUAAGCUUUUUAACAUUUGUUGUUCUUGAACGCUUUACAGCAGACCUUUUUGAUGAUAUAUGACGAAGGUGAAACGAAAGCCAAUUGUCCGCACGUGCAGUUUCCGUUACUACACGUAAAUUACAGUUUUUCUAUGCCUACCGUCUCGCACAGUAUUCUAGGCAUUAUUGAAUAAUACUUUCAGAGUUGAAUAAACCUAUAUCGGGGAAAAUUUCUUUUCACUUCAUUUUGGAUUGGGAAGUGGAAGAAUCGCCGAGUAUCCCGUCGUGCAAUGAAACUGUUUGAGCUCCGCACGUGUAAGCCAUCACUUUCCCUCUUGUAUUCACGCGUAAGUGGGCUUUGCGCAUAAAUUUGAUAACAGCUUUCAAUUUAUUUUCAUUAUUAAGGAAAUAAUUGUUCUUCAUGUUUUGCUUUGCAACGGAGGCUUUUAAAAUAGAAUACUAGUUCUGUAGAAUGCAUUAACGAGUUUACAGGUGUAACUCAGUUUCCGGUAGAUAUUUUUUAUCUGAGAAUGUUGCCAGCGGAAGCAAUAUGGAAUGUGUAUUCGUAUGCGUACUAAAUUUGACCCCGUCUCCGGUUCUGGAAAAGACCUUCCGAAUUAACAGACGUGUAAAACUCUUUAUCUAGUUAAUAUUAUGUAUGUCACCCUUUUUAAAAAUCACAUCUUAAAGGAAAAAAGAAAACUCACAGUCCAAGCAAGUAUGAAAGAACAGCAGGAGUAAAUGGUUAGAAAUCGAAAUUUCAUUUUUUUGUGAGAUCUUUCUAGAAACAAAAAGUGCAUUAAUGCUUGAUCAGACAUUGUUAGUUUUACCCACUUUAGGCCCAGUUAAUACGUGAUGCGUCUGCUGUGCCAAACUUAAUAACUUAGUUAUGAUUGGGUUCAGUAGAACUACAACUUCAAUUCAGACAUUGUGCCAGAGUGCAAGUUAAUGGUAAUCGAUAACAAAAUAUAUAAGUUUCAAAAAAUACAUUUUCCAAAUUUUAUGAAGUUAGUUUGGCUUGGCAUAAGUGCAACAUUUUAAUCACUAGCCUCAUUUAUUAAAAAAUUGGAUAACGCUAUACACCUGAUCAGUCUGUAAGUAUUGGAUAGUGCAAUUGGUUUUUCCUAAUGUUUACCAUCCGCUAGGUAACGUUAUUCAGCUUUUGAACAACUGAGGCUAUCGAUCUGUACUAGAGUCGUGCAGCACUUGUCGAACUUGAUUGCUCUGCCGAAUCAAGUUCAAACCUUUGAUUCAGACAUUGUACUUUGCCAUACACUCAGCAUCCUGGAUUUCUUAUUUUCUUCUUAGAGCACAAUCUUGCUGUCCCAUUUUAGGGCUUUCAACAGAGGGUGUGGUCAUUGUUUUACAGCAGAGCCUUUCUGUUUGUUACACUCUUCUGAUAAGCCACAAAAAGAGCAAAACGGCUUUCACAAGUUCCAAUCCACUCUACUGAAGUUGAUCUAUCAAUGUUGUGUUUAUGUCUUGCAAAGUCAGUUUUUACAUAGUCGAUCAGCUUGGCAGAUGUAUGUUCUUUGAAUGUAAGUUAGCUGCAGCCAUCUAUUCUUUGUGUGUUCUCAAUCAAAUCAAAUUGUGAACAAUGAAUAAUUGGAUUCAUUUCUUUAUUAAACGAUUUCAGAAGGAGAUUCGUAGCACAACUGCUUUUAGGAAAUUAUUAGUAGAUUUCUUGCGGUAUUAAGAUAAUUAUGUUGAAGUCCCCCAUCCUAUUAAACUGUUUAGCAAAUUAUCUUAGUUUUAUGUAAUUUUUUUAUGUUAUUUUAUCCUGUUAAUUGUAUUGUAGUGUCUUAAUUGUUGUUUAGUCCAUCUAAUAGUUGAACCUUGCACUUUAAAUUUGUCCUUCCAACCCUCCUCUGCCUCAAUUAGGUUAUAAGCUAUUUGGGGGUGGGAAAGUAAUGUAAUAUUACAAUGUACUUGUAUUUUGAAUCUCAAUAAAUUGUGUUGUUGUGGUGUUUUUCUUUGGUUUGUUUUGCGUUCAAAUACAAACCUCUGAAUUUGGAAUAUUUUUUUGAUAUAGCCGACUAACAUUGCAAAAAAAUUACUGGUUUCUUGGGAUAUUAUUUAUGUUGCCACAGUGAGCAAAAACUCAGACAAUGUGUUGAAAGUUGCCGAGGUCAAUUUUGAGGGUGAACACUGGAACAUUUUUUUGUCUGCCAGACUACAAUCAGGGUAAUUCUAUGCACAUGAUGAAUGAUCAUGUUAAACUAUUUACAUUCCUUGUAUGAUGUAAAUGUCUGGGAAUGUCUGAGGCAAUUUUUUUUAUAGAACACAAUCACAUGAAUCUUCCAGAGAAAUCGUUACUGGGUCAAGUUUAGACCUAAAUUUCUGCUUUGUUUGUUUGAAAUAUUCACAGUGAAACAAGGUGAAUUAUUUAGAAAUCAGGAAAAUGUGUUCUAGCUACACUGUACAACUUUUUGUGCUUUGGUAUUUUCAGUGUUUUUAUGUCAUGUACAUACUUUGUUUAAGAAGUCAAAUCCGGUCAUGCCACAAUAUUCUUACUAUGGCAUUGAAUCCUAGGCCUACCAAAGAAGGAUGAACCCAUCGCUAAAACCCUUCAAGAUUAUAACCUUAUCGUAACCAAAACUAGUACUAGUGACGCACACAUGCAAGACUUUAUUAUCAUUGGGGGAUACCCUCAAUACUUACUACUUCCCAACCAUUAAUAAAGGAAGUCCUAUCCUUGAGAUUGUAUAGUCUGCAUUAUUUUGUACUGAUAAUUCUUUGUCAUAAAUAUUUUGGCAUAAUUUUUUCUUUGUUACAAUGUUGUUUGACUAGAAUGCAGUGAUUCAGAAUGAAGGACAAAUCAAAAGUUGGAGAAAGUAAGAGUUUAGACGAGGUGUUACAGAGGUACGGCUGUUACGCAUAGAAUGGCAUUUUUUUCAAAAAGUUCUUUAGCUUUAAUUGCCAUAGUCAAAUAGCUUGUAUCUGAUUAGUGUUCUCUGAAAAGUUUUUAAAACCAACAUAAUAAAAUAAUUUUCCUCAUCUAUUUGCAUUACUGUUAAAAGCAUAUAAAAUGUGGAGAUAAUAAUUAUAAAGCCACACUGUCAAGCCAAUGAUGAAGCUGAUAUGGCCAAAGGUUACCCCUUUUCUGUAGCAUAAAGCACGUAGGCAUACUGCUACUCAACCUUGAGUAUUUGAUAUCCUCUAAAGGAGAUGGUUGCACAAAUCUUAAUUAUGGAUGGACUACCUGCAUUGUAGCAUCUGGAAUUCAGUCAGUCAAACUCUUUACUUUAUAUGUCAGAUGUUACCAGUUAUGUCUUACAUCCGCAAGGCUAUACUCUAAGAAAAUUAAAGGGAUCAAAGCCCGUUGCUCUGAACCUUUGAAAUCUAGCCUAGCACAGGAUUUUUGGAAAAAAGCUCAGAUUUCCUAGUCACCCAUAAGCAAAAGUGAAGGCACCAGUGGCCAUCAGGUGCUGCUAGUGCACAGCCCUGGCCAGGUUUUCUGUAUCUCAACCCAGACACCCUGGUCUUAAAAAAAUUGGCUGCUCCUCUUUUUUCAUCUUCUUGGUAUCUGGACAUCAGAUGAAUCACUGUAUGUCCUGUUUGACAUACAUAAUGAGUAAAUAGUUUUGUUAAAUAGACUUCCAUCUUUUGACAGGAAAUCAGGCAUUAAACGUAAUCACACUUGGAUAGAAUCAGAAAACUCUCAACUGACAGGUGGCAAUGCUGCACCGAUGAAAAACAGCUUUAAACUCUCAAGAGACAGCAAAGAGGAAAAUUUACCUCAUAGCAAACCUGUUAAAGGAGUAGGUGAUACUGGUGGUGAUCAGCAAGAUCUGGAAAUGGCAGAAGUUAAUAAAAGUGAUACAGAGGAGGUUGGAAGUCUUGAUCAAGAUAUGGAUGAACAAGGUGCUUACAAUGACAAAACCAUUAAUGUAAUACUUUUUUACAAUAAUAACAAUAAAUUAUCUAUAACGGGUUUUGUCUACUGUGUGUCUCACAUUAGUCACUUAGGGUGAAUUGCUUUACUAGAGUUCUAGAAUUGCAAAAUUUAAUGCAGUUUUUUCACAUUUGCCUAGUAAUAUUGUGAAAAAUAGAAACCCACAAAAAACUGUCUCCCCAAAAUCACAAAAUUAAGUGCCCGCAAAAUUAAGUUCCAACAAGGUAAUUGGAACUGAAACUGCCAGGCUCGACUUUGUACUACUUGAUAUUGUAUCGACUGAGAUAUAUAAUGCAUAUCACACUUACAGGUGUCUUUUUCGUUUUAUCCUUUUAAUCAAAGAUUUGCAAUCCAAUACAGUUUCUGGCACAGACGAAUUUACCCAAGAAAUGAGUGGUUCACUAAUGUCUAAACGCCUUCGAAUGUACAAAUGUGAACGCUGCAACUCACAGUACAUGGGUUUGGCAAUGCUCCGUCAACACUGUAAAGAUGUUCAUGGUGACCAGAAAUAUUACAAGUGUCAUGUCUGUGGCAAGCUGUUUAGUCACCCAAGCAGCAGAAAUAUUCACUUGAGAUUACACUCGGGAGAGAAGCCUUACAAAUGCACCACCUGUGGCAAACAGUUUAGGGUAUCAUCACAUCUAAAGGAUCAUGUUAGGGUCCAUACAGGUGUGAAACUUUUUUAGUAGUCAGGAUCAUGCCAUUGACCUAGCAGUAUUUCCCAAAAUGAUGUCACUUGCGUAGCGUUCACCACUUAAGUGCUAGAGGGGGUGCUCUGGAUUUCAAGUGACUGGGAUGAUCGAGUGUUUUGUUAUCUACAAAUAAAGUACAACCAAACUUGUUUUGAAGCAGUUUUAAUAUUUAACGUUUGAGUUUCCUUUCUUUUUUUUUUUUUCUUUUUUUUUGGGGGGGGAUGUUUUGUUUUUUGUUUUUUUUGUUGUGUUUGUGUGGUUUGUUUGUUUGUGGUGUUUUGUGGUGUGUUUUUUUUGUUGGUUUGUUUGUGGUUUGUGGGGUGGUUGGGGGGUUAUAUUUUUGGUUCAGUGAUUUUUGGGGGGUUUUGUUUGAAGCCCUAGUGAUUUUUUUGGGUUUUGAUUUUUUGCCCCCAUUUGAUCUUCCUCGCUUCUUGAAAUCCAGAGUACCCCCCUCCCCCAGGGACCUUGGACUUUAGGAGACUCUAUAUUUUGUUAUUGUUUUUGUGUCUGGAUACUCUAAGAGCAGUGACAUCAAGUCUGAAAAGGAUUUCAGUGGGGUGUUCAAAUUUAAAACAUUCUGAUUUGAAGUUAUUGAAAAGUAUUAUGCAGACUGCACUAUGAGAAAGAACCUCUCGACAUCUUGUUUCCAGUUAGAACCUUCUCCUAGGCUGUCAAGACUACUGUAGCUUCCAGAGAACUCAUUUAGUGCAUUUCUUUGACAGGCCAAAACAAUUUUUUGCCAUUUAAUUUUCAGGACUACUGAAAAAAGAAAAAUACUGGUUGUCAUCCAACUGAAGGUGAAUCGAUCACAAAAUGAUUCAUUUAGACAAGAAUGGUCCUCUAUAAGUAACUAUUAUAGUAGGACUAUUGUCAUUCCUGUAAUACUAAUCGACAAAGAAAUCACCCAGGCCUGUAGAAUGUAGCUGUUCAGUAAAUCCUGUACAUUUUUUUAUUUUGAUUUCCAGGGGAACGUCCGUAUAUCUGUGACAUAUGCCACAAGGGAUUCAAGCAGUCAAGUGACCUUAAAAAGCAUCGACGCACACACACCUUGGACAAACCCUAUAAAUGUCCUAUCUGUCCCUCAGCAUUCACCCGAUCUCAUCAUUGUCGAGGCCAUAUCAACUCAGUCCACAAGUUCUUCAAGUGUGUUGCUUGUAGUGCUCUGUUUACAUCUGAGGAAGCCUUUGAACGUCAUAAAGAACUCCAUCCAACAGUCUUUUCUGAUGAUUCAGAUAGGAGGUCCAGAUUGUCUGAUAAUGUGGUGACACCAAGAAGCAGUGUGCCAUCUGAGAUGCUAAGCUCUUGUUCCAGUGACAGUAUCCAGGUUGAUGCUGAAACACGCGAAAAUAACCUCAAGUGGGAUGUCGCUAAUCAGUUACUUGAGCUUCAUAAAAUAUCGCAACAUACUACAUCUCGGAAGAAUAGCAAUAAUAGUGGAUCUGAAACCGAAUCGGUUGAUGACGUAAGUUCACCUGUAAAGAAGACAUCAGCCACAACACAAGCAGUACCUGAGCAACCAUUGGUAUCUCCCACUGUUGUUCCACGUUUAACCUAUCAAGGAGCAAAUGUCUCCAGUAAUUCGUCAAGUUCCAGUCGAAAGGAACCAAGGGGUGUUUCUCCUCCACAAGCAAUCAGCUUGGGGACCGGAUUACAGGAAGGAAAAAGAAUGCAGGGAAAUACAAUAAUGUAUCCUCUUAUGCCUCAAUCAAUUCCCCAAGGUAUGGAAUUCUUGAUGUUGCCUUUUCAAAACAUGAACUAUAAGAAGGAAGAAAAGUGUGUUUCAUCACAAGAAGGAGUGGGACACGGUGUUGUGUUGCCUGUUAGACUCUCACCAAGUCCGAGCAAGAAUAUUUCUGCAUGUACAUCUGAGAAACAAAAAUGGUCUAGAGAGGAUCAGCCAUGUGCAGUGACUACUACAGCUAGCAGUGUUUAUUCUUUGGUAAACAAUGCUAGACUGUAUGACUCACAUUUUGCAACAAGGAGUGGUUCUACAGAUCAAAGAAAUUUUAUGGAACUGAGCUUGAGGGGUGAAAAUUCCCAACAGGAAAGAGCCUUGACAGAAGAGACUGUUGAGGGUAAUAACAGUGUUGCUUGCCAUCGAGUGUCGGUCAUUCAGUUUCAUUCAAGUUCGCAAGUGACUCCUCACAACACAAAGAAUCCAGAGGACUUGAUCAAGGAGGAAGAGAAGACACAAGAGGCACAUUUUAAGUCAGAUAUUUCUCCAUUGUGUGAUUCUACGUCGUCAAAACUGGAUAAAAAACCUGUUGUAAUUCAACAGCAACACCAAGACUUGCAGCCGAAAAAUGGCGUGAUAAAUGACUAUUUGGCUGGCAUUUCCCAGGGGCAUGUACCCUAUGUACCACUCAAUGCUGAAAGCUCUAUAUCACUACAGUCAUGGAAAAGAGAAUUUGGUGGUCCCUUUGGAAAGUAUUCCUGGGCCUUAAAGGAGGCCAAAAAAACCUUUGAGCUUUUAAAAAUGAGGGAACAAGCUUUGCAGCUUGCUUCUAGCCAGUCACUGGAGAGCAAGCAAUUCACCAUAUUUCCUCAAGCUAAUGCACAUCAAUCAAAAUCCUCAUUUGAUAGAUCUCAAGUGACGUCUGUUGACAUGCUGAAGUUUCUAGCACGAGAGCAGAUCAAACAGAAUGAUACAGAAGGGGACUUGAAAUCUCCAGUGUCAGGUGAAGAGGACUCUGAAUCCUCUGAAGCUGUGGAAUCUGGGCAUACAUCAAAUAAUGAACAGCCGAAAAGUGAUGGUGGGCAACAACCUUUACCAGCUGAUUCUCCAGGUAAUGGCUAUGUUUUACAGUGAAAGAUCUUACAAAACAAAACGGGGAGAGAAAGAUUUUAACACCAAGCAAAUGAACACCAACUUUGAUGAUAUAUUAGAUAAAUAUUAUUAAAGUUUUUGUGGGCUUGAAAUAACUGAUGGGCAAAGUUUGACCAUUCACAUGGUCCAGUCAAAUGUAUUUUCGCUCCGACCAAACCUGUUUUUGAACAGUCACAAUAAACCUCUUUCAUAAUUCGGCCUGUUAAUAUACUCUUUUAUAAAAUGAUAAUUAGCCUUUCUGACCUCGUUAGCAUGUGGAAAAUACAAAAGAACUCUAUAAUUUCAAACGAGGUCAGAAAGGCAAAUUAUUUCAAAGAGAGUAUUAAAUAGGCUGUCAUUAUGAAAGAGAUCUACAUAGAAACAAUCCUUCUGUAAGUGUGAUUUAUACAUGUGUACAUGAAGUGACCACAAGUUAAACAGGACCACUAGAGGGCCUGAGGUAAGCUUUUCAACCCACUCAGCUCAAGGCCUAAUUUUUGUUUUCGCUUUCAGAGCAAAAAGGCUCCCCAGAGAAUACCAUUCACCACUGCCAAGUUUGUAAGAAGACAUUCUCUCGUUCCAGCCUGCUUAAACAGCAUUCUGUUAUCCACAUGGGUAACAAACGUUUUAAAUUCCGCUGUGAGGUGUGUGGCAAGAUGUUUCGGACACGCAGUCACCUCCGUGAUCAUACUCGCAUUCACACAGGUACAUGUAUGCUUUUUUGUAAUGCAGCCAUCAUCAUACUCAGGCUUUUGAUCAAAAGCCUGAGUAACAUUUUAAGCAUAGUUAAUUGAUCUUCUGAAAUCAGAAAACUGCUCUAAUGUAAGUUAUAUCCCACAAACAAGUCUCACUUAUCACUGCAGUGUGUACUACAUGACUUGUAUACUACAAGCACUAAAUUGAAGAAUAUUCAAUUGAGAGUCAUUUUUCAAUUGAGAGUCAUUUUUUUUAAUAUAAAAAAACUCUCAACUGAAUAUUCUGCAGUUACAGAAGAGUACAGUGUAAAUGUGAUGCAGACUGUGUAGUGCAGACCGUGAAGAGGCUGAAGUUCAGGAUUUCACGAUUUUAUUUCUCAGGGUGUCAUGGUUGCAUUAAUGUUGCCAUCCUUGUCUCUCAGUACUUCAAAAAACAACAGAUUAUUAAUAAUUUUCCUUUAAAGCAAUUUUUAGACAUGUGUCUCAUUCAUUCAUUGUAUCUUCUAAAAGGUGAAAGACCAUUCAAGUGUCACAUUUGUCAAAAGGCCUUCAAACAGUCAAGUGAUCUCAAAAAACACAUCAACCUUCACACUGGUACUAACCAGUUUAAGUGUGAGGAGUGCAAUAUGGAAUUCCGUAGAGCUGAUGCACUCCGCAAACACAAACUGGGACACAGAACAGGUAACAUGCCCUGUGGACACUGUGGCAAGAAUUUCCUGCACAUCAGUGCAUUACGACAGCACAGAGCCAUGCAUAAUGGUAAGUGGAAUGCAAUGUUUCUCUUUAACACUUACAGUCAAACCUUCGGACAGUGCAAUGAGCUUAACUGCUAUUCCCUCCCCCCUUGCAUUAUUCAACCAGUCAUGUAUGUAGGACAUGCUCCCAACAAAGGUUUCUGGCCCUAGUUUAGUGUGUUGUGCUGUAAUGCAGACUCAAGGGAUAAAGCAGUGCCUGUAUUACAAGGAUGACCUUGUUAGAGAGGUUGUGACUGUUGGAAUUGUCUGUCAAGGCAGAAAAGUUUAACUGAGUGGAUUUGUUGGGGGUUUGCAUUUCCCUAAUUUGGCAGCCUUUGAUAUUUAUCUCUGUAAAUAUUUUUAAAUUACCAAGAUAUUAACCUAAGAGGGCUAAUAAUGUAAUUUAGCUAAAAUUAACAGCCUGUCUGAACAAAGACAGGCACCAACUAAACCUUGAUCCCAACAGUAAUGGUUUUUAUUGCUCAGUUGCCUUUAUUGUAAAAUCGUUUUAAUACCAGUAAACACUACUUGUCAGUAGUCCCCUUGAGUCUACACUCUUAACAUUGAUAGGUGUAAGAUCAAGAUGUAUUUCAGAACUCUUGGUUUGACCCUUUUACUAUGUUGUUUGUAAAUUGUAUCUGAUUUUUCUAAUAUUUUCCAAAUGAUUUUUUUUCUAUGAUUAUACAGUCAAACCUCUUGUAAGCAACCACCCCAAAUGCAGCUAUGGGGAUCUCUUCCAGAAAGAGGUUCGGAAUCAUCUUCAUUUUAGAAGAGGAUUAAUUUUCAAUAACGUAGAGAGCUGACCAUGCAUGCAUCAAGUGGUAGCUUAUAAGAGGUUAAAAACAAUGGACAUUGUAAAACCCUCACCCCAAAAAGUGGUCAGGGCCACUUAUGAGAUGGUAGUUUAUGAGGAGUUCCCACAAUAAGGCUUCAGCUGCUGGAACAGUUUUGGUGUCUUACAUAGAUGGUCACUUUAAGGAAGUAGUCACUUAUUACAAGAGGUGGUCGCAUGUGUAGGUUUAAUGUAUUAACUUUAUUCAACAUUUUUUCUGACAGUGCAACCUGUGAAAACAAACAGGGCCUUUCACCGAUGCAACUUCUGUUUCAAGACUUUCACAAAGGCUGAAAGUUUUAAGGUUCACCUUGAGGAGCACACACAAGAACAAAGUAGUGCCGUCAUGCUUUUUGACUGCAAAAUUUGUUCCAUGAAGUUCUUCACCCAGGACGAGUUUACAGAUCACAUGAACAUUCACAAUGGUAAGAGACCCUACAAGUGUUUUGUUUGUGAAAAGGAGUUCUGCAUUGCUGAGCACUUGCAGGAUCAUGUCAGGCUUCAUGCUGAGGCAUCGUCACGAUUAAGAAGAGAAGAAGGUGAUGAUGAAUAUCAAAGGCAAGCUGAAUUGAUAAGCCAUUCUGCCAUCCAUGCUUGA